GAAAUAAGGGGUGGGGCUGGUAGCAAGAAGGGAUGGCAUGGGAAACUACUCUGAAAAAUUAGAGUAUGGCAAAAUUAAAAGAAAUAGCAUCUCAGUUAUUGAUUGAUAUCAUCAUUAAUUAUUAAUAAUAAUAUUAAAAAAAUAGACCUAGGCAUUUGUAUUAUUAUAUGAGGCCAGUAAGGUCAGUUUGUGAUAAAGAGAGUCUCACAUAUGUGAAUUGUAAGCAUGUCUUCAACAACUCAGCGCUUAUCUUUUGUGAACAAAGUGAGUUGUGUAGGGCCUACUUUUUUUUACUCAAAUAAACACUAACACUAACAUAAUUUGGCAAUCCUCCGAAGUCCGGUCCCAAAUUAUUUCGUAUGAAAAAAAUGCAAUGCAUGGCGUGUAUUGUUAGAAAACAGCAGAAAUGUCAGUCAUAGCUUUUGCAAAUAGCUGUCACUUUACAAACCAGUCACUUCAAAAUACUAAAUAUUGUAAUUGGCGCAUAUCACUUGCAAUUGCAAAUAGCUGAAAACGUUCUGCUUGCGCCACUGAAAGGCCCCCAAGUAGCUGUAAAACAUACCGCAACUAGUACCACUCUGAUAACGGAGUUUACGUUUCGCUUGCAUCCAAAGUCCUUCAAUAGUUUAUGUGUGAAUGUCUUGGUCUACUGGAUCAACAAAUUCACGCGCGUGUACAAUGACAGCGUGAACAUAAAUCCCGUUGUUGAGCUGACCGACAUUUUGAUAUCCUCGCCAAGCAUCCGUGAUGAUAGUUGUCCCUGGUAACACAUGAUUAGUGAUAAUGUGCUGAGUGUUUGUGCUUCUCAACGGCCAACAACCUCCAUCCAACAUCGUCCUCUACCGCAAACAUUCAUUUCAGAACAAAAUGAUGCCUAAGACUUUUAAGUAAGGAGUAAUCAUUGGAAAUAAUUUGGGACCGGACUUCGUAAGAUUGCCCAUAAUUUUCCUGUUUUGAUUUUUAAAAACUACUCAAAUAAACCCACCAAGGCCAUUUCAUCAAAUGUACAUCCCUAUGGCCCCAAAAAUUCCAUUUAUGACCAUGAAUGCAUAAGAUAUCAAGGCCAUUAAGGGAUAAAUGAUGGGGACAUUUGAUAAAUAUGCUGAUUGAUGCGCUAAAUUCAAUCCUCUUUGUAGCAAUCAUCUAUUCUCUACUUAGAAGGUAGAACUAAUGUUCUGCAGUUUCACAUUCCUGACAUACUGCAUCAUAUGUACACAUCAAUUAAUAUUGUGGCUCUUUUAAAAGCUGCUUUCUUAUUAUUAUCUUGUGCGUGGAUAUCUUACAUGAUCCAGUUAGCUCCAUUUUUUGUUUCAAAGUUUAAAAAAUAGGCCUAUAUGAAUGUUCCAAAAAUUUAUAACUAAAGAAAGUUAUUUAUCUUUCAUAAAAUUUUUAUAUUUAUAUUUGAAAAAUCUUUUCUUUAAGCAUUUAUUUAAUAAUAUGUUUACUAAAAUUUUUUUUCAGAUAAGUCUUAUUCUUAAAGCUACUUCAGAUGAUGAGAAUCAAACGCCAGGUUACAUGUACAAAGAAAUAAUGGGUUAGUUAUUAAACCCGACAUUCAUACAAAAAAUUUCAUUAUGAAAUGCGUAUAAAAGAUCAUUUAUGUUGUUAUUUGCUAGUAAGUGGCAUUUGUGUUAUUGAUAUUUUAUAAAGCUAUAGUUGUUGUUGUUCGUCCGUCAAAGUUGACAAGGACCAUCGAAUCAUCCGGUUAGGGGCGGGCGAGGGGGUUGGGAUUACGGUGAGCUCUUAGGUGGCUUGUUAGACCGAUCCUUGCUCGGAAUAAUCUAUGACACCGUGGGCAUGGAAUAGUUGCUUCAGACGAUGACCUAAUGUUGCUCUUUCGGACAAGCCUGCGUGUCUCAGCUGUGGUUAUUCUAUUAGCUUCAUGGGAUUUAGCCCCCUUCUUGACAGCAGCUCUCCACCUGGCUCUGUCCUGGGCUGUCCGCACCCAUUGAGUAGGGUUUAUGCUGAAGGCCUUUAGUGCCACUUUCAGUGAGUCUUUGUAACGCUUUUUUGGCCUCCUUGGGAGCGCUUGCCUAUCGUGAGUUCUCCGAAGAAUAAUUGUUUCGGGAGCCGGUGGUCUGCCAUACGGGCUACGUGUCCCAUCCAACGGAGCUGAGACUGCAUCAGAUUACAUUUGAACAACAUGCAACCCACUACUAUGUGACUUCUGAUGCAAACAAAUUUUGGUGCAUUCAUUUGCAAAUGAAAAUUUAGGUUUUGCAAAGUAUGUGUAAAAUAGUACAAAAAUAAACAUUCUCUUACAAUUCAAUAAAAAAAUCAACAGCACACAGCUCACUAAGAUACGAAAACAAACAAAAUCAACUAUCUUUCUACAUUUUUGUAAUCCCAAAAGUUUUUAACACUUCACAUUAACUUAAAAUGACUGUAGAGCCAUCGUUAAUGAUGAUCUACUGGUUUUUAUGUUUAUUUCACAGAUAUCACCUUUGACCCCAUUGGUUAUAGCGAUAGCCUCAUUGAAUUUCUGGUUGAUCGUCUUAAAAGCAAGUCGUGCCAUGUCAAGUUUAAAGUAAGUUGCUUUAUUGUUUUUAAGUAAUUUUUCAAAGUGAUAUGUAUAAGAAUGGAUGAUUAUUGCAAUGUUAUAUCUGGCUGAUUGGAUGAUUAUUCCAAUGUUAUGGCUUUGCUGAUAAUUUCAGAACUACAAUUGGAAAGUUUCAAAUAAAUAGCAAUUUUAAAGGUUCAAAUUUAUAUAUUAUUGUAAAGAAUUUAGAUUUUAAAUAUUCCAAAACUAUAUUUACAAAUAUUUUAAGAAAACUACCUGUGAAAAUCACUUGAUAAUGUACAGCUACAUCUAAACCUGGCGCCCACUUUGCCUUAUGGAUAAUCCAUCCCUGAAAAAAGUAUACAUAGUGUAUUUCUUUCAAAAGUCAGUAAUUCUAUAAACUGAUGCAAAAAUCAAUAAAAGUGUUGAUGGAUUGGCCCUUCAGGCCGUGGUAAAGUCUUCUUUGGUUGUUCUGUGUCUUCAGAGUUUCUGUAAUUGGGCAAUCAUGGAAGAUAGCUAAGGCAUAUACUCUGUAGAGCUGCAUAGUGUAAGUGGUGGUAUGUCUCUCUACAAUACAGUUAGUUUUCUAUCUUGUUUUAUAAAAUAAAACGACCUGUGUGCAGGCAUAUAAGAUAUGACCCUUGUGCAUGACCCUUGUGCAGGCAUAUAAGAUAUGACCUGUGUGCAGGCAUGUAAGAUAUGACCUGUGUGCAGGCAUAUAAGAUGUGACCUGUGUGCAGGCAUAUAAGAUGUGACCUGUGUGCAGGCAUAUAAGAUAUGACCCGUGUGCUGGCAUAUAAGAUAUGACCUGUGUGUAGGGAUAUAAGAUAUGACCUGUGUGCAGGCAUAUAAGAUAUGACCUAUGUGCAGGCAUAUAAGAUAUGACCUGUGUGCAGACACAUAAGAUAUGACCUGUGUGCUGGCAUGUAAGAUAUGACUCAUUUGCAGGCAUAUAAUUACAUGUCAUAUAAGAGGAAAAUUUAAAAAAUUAUCUAUUGUUAAUAUUUUCAUUGUUCUGUCAGGUCUUGAAAUUGAUGAAACAUUUGUUAGACGAUGGUAGUAAGGAUUUCCAGACUGGUCUUCGAAGACAUUCUGAUACAGUAAAGGAAUACACAAGUAAUUUUCUGGAAUUUAAAUAAAAAAAUAAAUUUGGUGAAAUAUCACAUUUAAAAAAGUAUAUAGCUAAUUUAACAUAAGUUUUAAAUGUAUAAUUAAAAAAAUAUUUUGGAACCGUCUAUUUCGUUCCAUUUUGUUUCAUGGUAGUGUCAAAUUUUAUUGUUAAACCAUUUUUGUACAUCACAUCAUCAAAAAAGUUGAUUUCUAGUUAACAUGCACUGUACAUUUAUUUUAAUAAUAUAUUUGAAACAGAAAAAUGAAACUCUUUUGUAUAUUUUGGGUGCACAGGAUUUUAAAAUAAGAUGUUGGCACACAUGAGCAAAGGAAUUAGAGACCACCCGACAAAAAAUAUAAUCACAUACAUGGAAAAUUGUGUUAUGCAAAAAGCCUUCUUUAAUGGCCAAGAUCAAGUGAAAAAUAAAAAUAAUCUUAUGCUGUCUGGAUUUUGAGGGAAAACUGAACUGUGGUGAUUCUGAGUCAGAAAUUAAUAGAGAAAAAAUCCUAAACAGGCUGAACAAAUCUGAAAUGUAAAAAACCAUGUACAAAUUAAUGUAUCACUGGACAUCUUUAUAAUCAACAUCACAUAAUGAGUUCAUAACAGCCUUGCUAAACAUAUAAACCCUUUCCUCGGCAACUGGGUGUAAUACACCCAGAGACAGACUGUUAUUGCUGAUAUCUCAAAUCUCCUUUCAAUAAUCUUUCUGGUACUUGACCUAAUCCACAAGGUAGUUAGAAUGAACACCCUGGUGGAUGCAUUUGUAUAAAGUAUGAGAUAGAGGCUUAUUUUUGGGGGGCUAGUCUUUUUUUCUUCCAUCACUGGCAACUGGGUGUAACACACACGUGCAUAAUUUAAUAGAAGAAAAAAAACCUUCUAAACUGUCUUGUGAACACUUUGGUUUGGUGGUUGUUUGUUGAUUAUUGGAGUCUAUGCAAUCCCUAAAAUGGAUUUCAAAUUUUGACAAUAUAUACAUAAAUAUUCUGAAUGCAUUUGGGUAACAACAAUCAUAGCAUGUAUUAACUUGACAAACCGUUUCAAAGCUGGACAGUCACAUGUACUCAUGGAAAAUAGGGACUUUGCAGCUCAGCUGGCACAGUUUUUUCACAAUGCUCUUUGCAAAUAUGUCUAAUAAAUUAUCUGAGUUGAAGUAGUUUGGGCAGCUGUCUGAAGUGUUUGUAAAGAUUUCAAAACACUGGCAAUGUUCUGCCUCAAAAUAUCUUGAUGCGUUGGGACGGAUGGACUCUACCUUCACGUCAAUAUUGACUGUCUGUUGUCUUCAUGAGACAGUAAGUUAGUCAGAUAUUCUAUUUAAAUGCCACUCCUGCUGCAAUUGAUGCCAAGUCAACAAUGUUUAAAAAAAACAAACCAAGGGCCAUCUUUUACUUUUUUGCAUCCACAGAGAACACCUUCGCAAUUUUGUCCACGGUGAAUAUGACUCCUUUGAUUUUGUUGUUAUAGAGCACACUCUCUGGUUUCUUGCAUUCGGUUUCACUUUCUAUAUCUGGACGAAUGUGUUCAUGAGCAAUACAUUUUUCUGCUUCAAACUCUGUUAUUUGACAAGGUUGUUUGUGGUCUGAACAAAACCACAGAUUUGUUGAGGGCCAGAGUCUUCUAUUGCUUGAAUCCCUUGGGUCGGAAAUCUUGUUCCGUUUCACUGUUCCAACUGGGGUCAGUCUGUUCUUGGCCAUUGGUUCUGCAAGUUGUUGGGGAAUGAAAUAAUAGUCUUUUCUGAAAUUGCAGCCGUUUCCAUGGAAGUCCCUUGUGAUGGAGAUCACAGUCUCUGAGGAUAUUCCAACAUUUCUCUUUGCCGGCAGGGCACUUGCAUUUUCUUUGCCAAGAUAUGGGCAGGCUCUCAGAGGAUAGCUUGAAGAUGAUUCACAGGCCCAGGAGAUUUUUAUUCCAUAAUUUGUCGGGCUUGCUUAGCAUAUAUUGAAUAAAUCUGCAACAACCAGUUGUUCACCUACUAUGAUGUUCUCUCCAGGAACAUAAUGCCUCGCCAAAUUACUCUGGAAAGCUUCUCAUAUACUAUCUCUUAUUGCAGGCCUGCACAACUCAAAAUGUAAGGUGGGCCAUAAUACUUUAUGAAAAACUCGUGCAGGCCAAAAGAAAAAAAGACAAGGGGAAAGCUAUUAAGAAAAUAAUAAUAAAAAAGAAUAUUUUGUUACUUCGCGGGCCGCAAAGGGGGUGCUGGCGGGCCGUAUGUUUUGCAGGCCUGUCUUGUUGGAUCAAAGAUGUCACGAGCCAGAAAGGAUUGAUCUAUAUCAAAUAUGACUCAGAAGUUUGCUGAAUCUCUUCAUUGAAAUUGCUGUCCCAAAUAGAGGAUUUCCAACAGGGCUGAAUAAAAAUUCCAUUGAAAUGCUGUUGAGGUGAAGAGCACCGUGUUUAGUAUGCAACCAAUAAAAGCUUUCAUUUAGAUAGCAUCAGUCCCUUGACAUUUGCCUGCUUUUUACUUUUUCAUCUCCCCUGUUGGUGCAGUCAACUAUUGUUUGUAUCAUUUUUCAUUAAUGUACAGAAGAAAUGUUUCAGUGGGAGAAACUAUAUGAUCCGUGAACGGAGUUUGGUUUCAAGGCAACUAAAUCAUGCCACUGCCACAUUGUAAAAAAGAAAAUUACAAAACGAGAGCAAUUUACUGUGUUAAAAGACUAUGGGUGUAACCUACCCAUUUGCCCGGAAUGGCCUGAAACACUUUUUCCCAUUACAAUGAGUGUACGGGUGUGCUACACCCAGUCGCCAUGGACAGGGUAUACAAUAUGUUGCCGUGGAAAGAGCUAAACCAUGUGUGUUAUUUGUUACAUAAGGAUGAAAUAAUUUUCAGAGUAUGGAGGGCCUCCUCAUCCGAUGCAUGGCAAUGUUCCAUAUCUAUCCAUUCGAAAAUUAGCAAAGGUAAGAGAAUGAUAACAAUUUAAAUUUUUAAAAUUUUAAAAAAAAUUUGUAUUUUUAUUAUUUAACUCAGUGCAAGUUAACCAGUUACAUAAACUGCAUAACCUCAGAAAAAUAAUAUUGUUAAUACAUAAUGGGGAUUCUGCUGGCAUUAAGGAUGUAGAUUGAAUUAUAUGGGCCAAUAUUUACAUCUAAAUAUUUUUUAACGGUUAUUUUCUUGUUGUUUCUUUUGGUUCAAAACAUAAUCAAAUUUAUUUGACACAUUAUUAUGUUCUAAGGAAGUCUGUGAAACAUUAUACAGUCAGGAGUAUAUAAAUGCCAAGUCUCCUUCAGAUGCCACAGGGUCAGAUAGACCUGCUGAGUUUAAAUAUGGUACACACUCCUUUUUUUUUCUUCUUCUUUUUUUUUUUUUUUCUCCCGUUUUUUUUUUUUUUUUUUUUAUUUUAUGGGGUGGGUGGGUGUAUUUUAAAAACUUAAAGGUAUAAAAAUAAUGUUUAAAAAACUCUUACUUUUCUUAAAUUAAAAAAUAAUUGUCGCUUUGCGAGCUUUCAUCUUUUUCAAAAUAAAGUUUUUUUAAAGUUUGAGUGUGCUAAAACUUUGCUAUACUAUUAAAAGAUACUUUUAUAUUUAAGGUGGACUUGGUCCUGUAAGAACGGGGGGUGCAAUUCAAGGAUUUGGUAACACUCCAAGUAAUCAGCCAAGUAAGUUGAAUGUUUUUUUAAAAUGUUGUUUUACACGGAACUGAAAUAAUUCUGAAUGAUUUAGCUUUCUCUCAAUGGCCAGCCUAAAAUAUAUAUUUUUUGUAAUAGUAUUUUCAAUUAUUAAACUAAUCCCAGUGAAAAGGGCUACUUUUUUGUAUUGGCUUUAUUGAUUUGCCAGGUUCCAUGAGCAAGCUGUGAUUUUGAGCUGAUACUUUAUACUGUGUGUUAUAUUUCACAUCCACUUUAAACGGGGUUCAUUGAUGCUGAUUUCUAAGCUAGAGAAAUACUUAAGAUGUCUUGUAUUGUAUUUUUAUUGUUAAAAUUGUAAAAUAUUGUCUUGGUUUAAAUAUUUAUUUAUUUAUGUGCUGAAAAUGAAUAUGUACAAUGUAACAAAAAACACUUUCGUUUAUUUGAACAAAUAAAAGAAUCUUAUCUAUCUAUUAAUUUUUAUAAUUGUACCCAAAACACAUUAACGUAGUGCUAAACUAGGUUUUUAAAAUUAUUUAUAAAUUUUUGUUAGUAUUUGCUCCGCUAAUUUUUCUCAUGAUCAAGAAUUUAGCGGGUCUAAAUCCAGUUCAGCUGAAUGAACCAAUGAAUUAUGGUACAAGUUAUUUUAUUUCCUAUCUUUUAGACAUUCUAAUGGUUUUAAAAAUUAGAUUUCUCCUUAAAAUAAUCAAGUUUAUGUUGUUUGUGUUUUUUUAAAAUUAUUUAUACAGAAGGAAUUGGGGAAACCAUUCUUGAUGGUAUUGAAAAAUUUGGUGCCAAGAUCUCAGAAACAGCAGCUGACCGCCAAGCAGCACUCCUGGCAAAGCUGGACCUUGGCAGUUCGGUCAGCAACUAUCAGCCCCCUGUGGUCAUGUGUGGCCAAGGAGAAUCCCAUCUUCUGCUUUCCCCAGAAGAAAAUACAACUUCAGUGAUCACUAAAAGUACUUUUAGAUCUGGUAGGUUGGUGCAGUCAUAUCAAAUAUCCAUCUCUCUGUUUUUUUUAAAUAUUUAAACAUACAAAGUGUACAUAUUUCUCUUCUCUAGAAACAUCGGAUUUACUAAAAUGUUUUCUCUUACUACUAUUAUAUGGAGAGAUCUCAUUUUCUUACAACCAUGAGGUGGAUGUAAUUCCUUUUCUUACAACCACCAUUCUCAUCGAAUAUAGAGAUAUGUCGUUCCUAUUGUAAUUGUAUUGAUUUUUAUGGGGUACCUAAAACAAAAAUAAAAAAAUUAGGAUUUCCUCAGCAGAAGUAACUUUAAUGUGUUUAUAUUAUUUUACCACAAUUAACCUAACUGGGUGGCUCUGUCAGAUGUCUAUACAAAGAAAAAAUAUCUUCAAUGAGUUUUUAAAAAUAUAUCUCAAACAUUUAUGUCGUUUCAGUCAAAAAACAUGAACCUGGAAAAGCUGGAGGGGGUUGGGGGGAUGACGAGGAUGAUGAAACCGAUUGUGGAGAUGACUUUAAGGUCAAUGAUAAUAGUUCAAAGCAGCAGAGCAUGGACACAGAUAGUCUGUUGGACCCAAGUAUGAGGUUGAUACCAUUGUUUUCUAUGUUGUUGAUACCAUUGUUUUCUAUGUGGUUGAUACCAUUGUUUUCUAUGUGGUUGAUACUAUUGUUUUCUAUGUGGAAUAUACCAUUAUAUUCUAUGUGGUUUAUACCAUUGGUUUCUAUGUGGAAUAUACCAUUAUUUUCUAUGUGGUUUAUACCAUUGUUUUCAAUGUGGAAUAUACCAUUAUUCUUUAUGUGGUUUAUACCAUUGGUUUCUAUGUCUGUACAUUUGAUACCUAAGGAUACUUGAAUUUGAAAUUUCCGCUACGGUCACAUUAUAUUUGUCCUCCACUCCCAUUAAAUAGUUGGCAUCAUGCCAAGUUUCACUAUAAGAAAACAAGAGAAUUUUUUUUUUUUAAAUUUUAAGACAUGUAUUUCAAUCAUUUGCUCAGCUGCGUGGAGAUUUGGAAAUAAAUUUUUAAAAAAUCAUUGUUAGUGGUUCAAAGAAAAAGGGCCACAUGGCCCUGACGUGUUGGACAUCCCGGAUGGACCAAAUGAUGACGCAUUCUUAAAAUGUACUUUAAUUUCAUGACAUGUCAAAGCUGCAGAACUUGAAUUGCUUGGUGCACUGAAUAUAUUGACGACAAAUAUAUAGUGCUUACCAUUUACUGACUCAAGUCUUUAACCUGUGGUUUCUGGUUAUGCAGUCAUCACCACAGUAGUUUAGUGGUGCCCACGUGAAUUAGAGAUGCUGUCAAUGAUAAAAUUUGACCAUUUUUAUGGUAUAUGAUUGGUCAGUUAAAAAAUUCAACCCAACAUUGCCACAGUGGUUUUUUUGUGUGUUUUUUGUUGGUUUUGUUAGUUGGUUUUGUUUUUUUAAAGCAAUCGUUUGAAAUUUUCUAAUUUUUCCAACUCCUUGAAAGGUUACAACCUGAAGCCGACUGGCAAGAAGAAUCUGAUUUUGUGGCCUGUGUACUCAGACAGGGCUCUACGGGUGCAGGGCAAGCCUACCUGUCCCCAUCAGACGUAACAGCAUUUUUGACCAGGUGCAGCUCUCUCAGCUGUGAUGCAGUGCUGAAUAUACUGGUGUCAAAAUUAGCCAGCAGAGACGUCGGAGUUGUCAUUGUAAGACAUUUGUCACUGCUUCAUCACAGAUACAUACAUUCUGAUAUGUUGGGUAUACAUACAUUCUGAUAUAUUGGGUAUGCAGGUCAAUGCUUAUGUUAUUUAGAGUCAAGAGUGCUCUGCCUCUCCUUACAAGUAACAAAAAAUUGUUGGGUUCAUAGAGCAGUCUUAUUUAAAACAAAACUGCCAGUUUUCCUCCAAGCUUUAUUGUGGAAGAAUAUCAAUUGCUAUUUUUAGAAUAUGACCACAAGGAGACAAAGAGUCCAAGCUUUGAGGAAUCCAAACUAUAAGUAUAAUGUACUUCAUAAUGAAAUUAACAGGUACAAAAACCAACAAAAGUGUGGUCACUAAUGCCGAUGGGGGAUCAUACUCAACAUGUAUAGGCAUACUCACUGGCGUAGGAAGGGUGGGGCAGAGGUGGUUGGGGAGGGGUCAGCCCCCUGGCAACACUUUUCUCUGCAUAGCCAGGGUCUGUAUUUUCGGCCAACCGAAGUCUUUUAUUGAGUGGGGGGGGGGGGGAAAUCUUGGCCCGCCUCGUGUGGUACUAACCCUCCCUACUCCACUGUGCAUGGUGCAAGAACAUUUAUUUUUUUUUUUUAAAACAUUUAAAUUUUGCCCAAUUGAUUGUCCCUUCAAUUACCCCAAACAUUUGUUCUUUGGCCUCUUUAAUGUUAAUUUUAUGAUUGGCCGGUGAGUAGUAUAUUAAAAUAUUGUGCAAUAUCUUGAGAGUGAACAGUGAGCUAGAUCAGAUUUUGAGAGUGAACAGUGAGCUAGAUCAGAUUUUGAGAGUGAACAGUGAGCUAGAUCAGAUUUUGAGAGUGAACAGUGAGCUAGAGCAGAUUUUGAGAGUAAGCAGUGAGCUAGAGCAGAUUUUGAGAGUGAACAGUGAGCUAGAGCAGAUUUUGAGAGUGAACAGUGAGCUAGAUCAGAUUUUGAGAGUGAACAGUGAGCUAGAGCAGAUUUUGAGAGUGAACAGUGAGCUAGAGCAGAUUUUGAGAGUAAGCAGUGAGCUAGAGCAAAUUUUGAGAGUGAGCAGUGAGCUAGAGCAGAUUUUGAGAGUGAACAGUGAGCUAGAUCAGAUUUUGAGAGUGAACAGUGAGCUAAAGCAGAUUUUGAGAGUGAACAGUGAGCUAUAGCAGAUUUUGAGAGUGAACAGUGAGCUAGAGCAGAUUUUGAGAGUCUACAGAUCAAUUCAUUAUGCUCUUGUCCAUUCCAUUCAGAGAACUCUGCAGUUGCUUGAGGGAAUGAUUUACAACAAAGAAGAGCUGAUUAGCAUAGACUGCCUGACCGCCCUGUGCAAGGAAGCUCUAGUUGCAUGCUUGACCUCCUCCCAAGCAGUGUCGCAGACUGUCAUUGCCACCCCUGGUGAAGGGGGCGGAAAACAAGUCGCAAACAACAACUUGUGGCUUUCUGCCCAGACUAAACUCACCAAAGUCAUUCUUACCCUACAGCAGUUGUCAUCACACAAAGAAAUUCUUCCAACAGAUAAAUUGAAAGAUUUAACAAUUAUAAGGGUGUGAGACAUUUCUGUUGUGUAAAAUGAUACAGAAAAUUUCCUUGUGGAAGUUAAUUUAAGCUUGACAAGAAGCUGUGAUUUUUGUGUUCAAUAAGGAACAUAUCUUUGCGGUUGUGUGUGAGAGAGAUAUAUAUAUACUCAUCCUGAGUAGUCCUUUGCCACUUUGCUUUAAUAUCUCAUAUGACGUAAGUCAAUAUGCAGUGCUUCCAGUUAUAGGAUUCAAAUAAUUGAACAACUGGUUUGCUGCCCCAAGGACCAUUCCAAGUAUGGAAAGGGGUAAUAAGGGGAGAGACUGCAAUCAGGUAUGGAAAGCAGCUCAUCCCAGGUUGUUUGUUAUUUCAUGGGGUACAUUCUUAAAUAAGAACAAACAAAAAAGAGGCACAAAGAACUACACUAUCUUAUAAGGAAGAUGACCACUAAGAGAGUUUGGAAUGCAAAUUUGUGAUUUCAUAAUGCCCUGGCACCAAACCUUAGAAUGCCAUAACAGAGAGUGUUGAGUCGUAUCAGACUUUGGUUACCUAGAUGUAUGGCAGUUACAUCUCAAAAUGGCACCUGCAGUGGGAAGAUUCAAAUGAAGUCAGGCUUUAGGGAGUUUUUAAAUUAUUAUUUAUUUUGGGUGGAGGGGGCGACAUUUUGGGACAAGCAAUAUUAUAAUACUGGGUAUUACAAAUAUUUGUAAAGAAACCAAAGUAAGUUCUAUGACUUUCAAAAACUUCAUUUAAAUAUUUUUUUUAUACUGUACAUAAAUUGUGUGGUUAGGAAAUGUUUUAUAUUUGGCAGAGAGUGCCAACAGAACUUGUUCUGUUGAUAUCCUAAUGACGGAAAGCAUAUCUGGCCAGAGAGUAAGCCCACGGAACUUAUUCUGUUGUGAUCACAAUGACGGCAAGCAUAUCUGGCCAGAGAGUAACCCCACGGAACUUGUUCUGUUGUGAUCCCAAUGAUGGCAAGCAUAUCUGGCCAGAGAGUAAGCCGACGGAAUUUGUUCUGUUGUGAUCACAAUAAGGGUGAGCAUAUCCCUUGUUUUAAUCUAUGUUUCAUUAUCUCUAUAUUUAAAUUCAUGUUCCUAGGCUUUGUAACUGCUAAUGGCUUGGUGUCAAAACGUUUCAACUUUGUCUAAUUUAUUGAAGCCCUACUAUACUUGUUGCAUGUAAAGUGUAAAUUGACUUUAUUAGGAAAAGAAUCCUCAUGUUAUGUUAAGCGUAAAUUGACUUUAUUAGGAAAAGAAUCCUCAUGUUAUGUUAAGCGUAAAUUGACUUUAUUAUUU